AAUAAAGAACAUUUAUAAAAUGAUUAAGUUCCGUUGAUAACAAAUUUUGGAAUAUUGAUUAGUUCUCAAGAAAAUGGAUCUGCUCAUGCUCGCCGCGAAGUAUUCAGCUGUCUGAAAAAAGCUGAUCGCAGCUGAAAAAUGUUCAUUAGAUCGACAAUUUGUUAAUAUUAAAAUGUUUAUAUUUAAACGUUAAUAUUUUUUUUGUUGUUUAUUAAUAUUGAAAUGUAGUCUAUAUAAAAUGCCGUAAAGGCAGUGCUGUCAUUAUCCGAACUGCCAAAAGAAAGGCAUCACCAUUGCGAAUAUAAUACCAAUUAUGAUGCUGGGGCGGAAGCAGAGCCUCAAAGGGGAACCCGUCCUGGCUGAUUAUGGUCCGGAGGAGUCCCUCAAUGAGAGCACUGAUAUAGAAUGGGUUAAUAAGUUAUGGGUAAGAAGACUGAUGCGAUCCUGUGCAUUGAUAUCAUUGGCUUCAGUUUGUUUGAACACACCAAAAACUUUUGAGAAAGUUCCAUCUCUGCAAUAUAUUACAUUUGUUACUGACUUAAUAAUUACUUUCCUGUUUACUGCUGAAAUGAUAGCCAAAAUGUAUAUUCGUGGAAUAUUGAAGAGAGAGAAGUCUUAUUUAAAGGAUCAUUGGUGUCAAUUUGAUGCGAGUAUGGUGAUUUUUCUUUGGCUUUCAGUUAUAUUACAUAUGUUUGAAAUGCUUGACUUUGUUGGAAAAUUCAGUUAUAUAUCUAUUGUACGUGCACCAAGACCAUUGAUUAUGAUACGCUUUCUUCGUGUUUUCCUUAAAUUUUCCAUGCCCAAAGCUAGAAUUAAUCAAAUUUUCAAACGUUCAAGUCAACAAAUUUACAAUGUAACUCUUUUCUUCCUUUUUUUUAUGUCUCUAUAUGGUCUACUUGGUGUUCAAUUCUUUGGUGAACUUAAAAAUCAUUGCGUUUUGAACACUACAGAUCCACAUCAUAUUACCAUAAAUAGUUUGGCUAUACCUGAUACCUUUUGUUCUACUGAUCCAGAAUCAGGAUACCAAUGCCCUGAAGGAAUGAUGUGUAUGAAACUGGAGUUAUCAAAAUACAUUAUGGGUUUUAAUGGCUUUGAUGAAUUUGCUACUAGCAUUUUCACAGUAUAUCAAGCUGCUUCCCAAGAAGGAUGGGUUUUUAUCAUGUAUCGUGCAAUUGAUAGUUUGCCUGCUUGGCGUGCUGUACUUUACUUUAGUACUAUGAUAUUCUUUCUUGCUUGGCUAGUUAAAAAUGUUUUUAUUGCUGUUAUUACUGAAACUUUUAAUGAAAUUAGAGUGCAAUUUCAACAAAUGUGGGGUGUGAGAGGACAUAUCAGCAAUAGUUCAGCAUCACAGAUUUUAACUGGUGAUGAUAAUGGUUGGAAAUUGGUAACUUUGGACGAAAAUAAACAUGGAGGAUUAGCAUCACCAAUUUGUCAUGCAAUUCUUAGAUCACCACAUUUUCGUAUGGUCGUAAUGUGUAUCAUAUUAUCAAAUGGUAUAACCACAGCAACAAUGAGUUUCAAACAUGAUGAGAAGCCAAGGCACACUUAUUAUGAUAAUUAUUAUUAUGCUGAAAUUGCUUUUACAAUCUUUUUGGAUUUAGAAACUUUAUUCAAAAUUUGGUGCCUUGGUUUUCGAAGUUACUACAAGCACUCUAUCCACAAAUUUGAACUGUUGCUUGCAAUUGGCACGACUAUUCACAUCAUUCCAGUCUUCUAUCUUUCUGCAUUCACUUAUUUCCAGGUUCUUAGAGUGGUUAGAUUAAUUAAAGCAUCUCCAAUGUUAGAAGAUUUUGUGUAUAAGAUAUUUGGACCUGGAAAAAAAUUAGGUAGUCUUAUCAUCUUUACCAUGUGCCUGUUGGUGAUAUCUUCCAGUAUUUCUAUGCAACUAUUUUGCUUUUUAUGUGACUUUACUAAAUUUGAAACAUUUCCUGAGGCCUUUAUGUCUAUGUUUCAAAUACUUACUCAAGAAGCUUGGGUUGAUGUUAUGGAUGAAACAAUGUUAAGAACACAUGAGACUAUGGCACCAUUUGUUGCUGUGUAUUUUAUUUUAUAUCAUCUUUUUGUCACAUUGAUUGUCUUAAGCCUUUUUGUUGCUGUAAUUUUGGAUAAUCUUGAAUUGGAUGAAGACAUAAAAAAAUUGAAGCAAUUGAAAUUUCGUGAACAAAGUGCAGAAAUAAAGGAGACUCUGCCAUUUAGAUUGAGAAUUUUUGAAAAAUUUCCUGAUAGUCCACAAAUGACUUGUUUGCACAAAGUACCAUCAGACUUCAAUCUUCCAAAAGUUCGUGAAAGCUUUAUGCGGCAGUUUGUAUUAGAAGUAGAAGAUGAUGAGAAUGAAGGUGCAAAGAAGAUAAAUGAGACUUUUGAUUCGAAAAUAAUAUAUAGAAAACAACGUCCUGUUAAAAUAUUGAAUAAUCCACCAAAAGUAAGGAAUGUUGUUACCAGCUUGAAAAAAGCAGCUGUUAUUUAUAUAAUAAAUGAUUCAAAUAAUCAGAGACUUCUAUUGGGAGAUUCUGCAAUGAUACCAGUUCCAGGAAAAGGGCUUUUAAAGCCUCAGGGUACAGUUAGCAGUGCUAAGCAACUCCGUAUUGAUCAAAAAAAAUCUAUAAGGAGAAGUGUUCGGAGUGGAUCAAUUAAAUUGAAGCAAACUUAUGAACAUCUUAUGGAAAAUGGAGAUAUAGGAGGAAUAAAUAGAGUUAGCUCAUCUCGAAGUAGACCACAUGAUUUAGAUAUUAAACUAUUGCAAGCAAAAAGACAACAAGCAGAAAUGAGAAGAAAUCAACGAGAAGAUGAUUUACGAGAAAAUCACCCAUUCUUUGAUACACCACUUUUCACAGUACCACGUGAAAGUAAAUUCCGUAAAAUUUGUCAGUUGUUAGUUUAUGCAAGAUAUGAUGCAAGAUUAAAAGAUCCUUUGACAGGGAAAGAAAGAAAAGUACAAUAUAAAAGUUUACACAAUUUUCUAGGAUUAGUUACAUAUCUCGAUUGGGUAAUGAUAUGUGCAACAACUUUAUCUUGUAUUUCUAUGAUGUUUGAAACUCCUCGAUAUCGUGUAAUGGAAAUUCCAGCACUACAAAUAGCCGAAUAUGGUUUUGUUAUAUUCAUGAGCAUAGAAUUAGCUUUGAAAAUAUUAGCGGACGGCUUAUUUUUUACACCAAAAGCUUAUAUCAAAGACGUCGCUUCAGUUCUUGAUGUUUUCAUUUAUGUUGUAAGCCUUGUAUUCUUAUGUUGGAUGCCCAGAAGUGUACCUCCAAAUUCUGGUGCUCAAUUGCUUAUGAUUUUACGCUGUGUCAGACCUUUAAGAAUAUUUACUCUUGUGCCACAUAUGAGAAAAGUUGUUUAUGAGUUAUGUAGAGGUUUCAAGGAAAUAUUACUGGUAUCUACUUUAUUAAUAUUGCUCAUGUUUAUAUUUGCAAGUUAUGGUGUCCAACUUUAUGGUGGUAGGUUGGCACGUUGUAAUGAUCCUACUAUUUUGAAACGAGAAAAUUGUGUAGGAGUAUUCAUGAGAAGAGUUUUCGUAACAAAAAUGAAAUUAAGACCAGGGAAGAAUGAAAGUUAUCCAUCCAUAUUAGUACCUCGUGUAUGGGCAAAUCCAAGAAGAUUUAAUUUUGAUAAUAUAGGCGAUGCUAUGAUGGCUCUUUUUGAAGUACUUUCUUUUAAAGGUUGGCUUGAUGUCAGAGAUGUCUUAAUUAAAGCUCUUAGCCCAGUACAUGCAAUCUAUAUUCAUAUUUAUAUCUUCCUUGGUUGUAUGAUUGGUUUAACUCUCUUUGUGGGCGUUGUUAUAGCAAAUUAUUCUGAAAAUAAAGGUACAGCUUUAUUAACAGUUGAUCAAAGAAGAUGGUGUGAUUUAAAAAAACGAUUGAAGAUUGCCCAACCCUUACAUUUACCACCACGGCCUGAUGGCAAAAAGUUUAGAGCAUAUAUUUAUGAUAUUACACAAAAUAUUUACUUUAAAAGAUUCAUUGCAGUAAUGGUACUUAUAAACAGCAGUCUGCUAUACGUUUCUUGGAGAAUCGAGGAAAAACACACGGAAGCUCUAGCUACGGUGUCCACGAUUCUGACACUAAUCUUCCUCAUAGAAGUCAUUAUGAAAAACAUUGCUUUUACACCACGUGGCUAUUGGCAGUCCAGAAGAAACAGAUAUGAUUUGCUCGUGACAGUCGUGGGCGUUAUUUGGAUCAUCGUCCAUUGUACAAUGAAGAAUGAUUUAUCAUAUCUUAUUGGCUUCAUGGUUGUAAUUCUUAGAUUCUUUACAAUCACUGGCAAACAUACAACGCUCAAGAUGUUGAUGCUGACUGUUGGUGUAUCUGUUUGCAAAAGUUUCUUCAUUAUAUUUGGAAUGUUCCUUUUGGUAUUCUUCUAUGCACUAGCAGGAACUAUUAUUUUUGGAACAGUAAAAUAUGGAGAAGGAAUAGGAAGACGCGCUAAUUUUGAAUCGCCCGUUACUGGUGUUGCUAUGCUAUUUCGCAUUGUCACAGGAGAAGAUUGGAAUAAAAUUAUGCAUGACUGUAUGAUUCAGCCACCUUACUGUACUCCUGCUGCUAAUUAUUGGGAGACAGACUGUGGAAAUUUUCAUGCAUCCCUAAUUUAUUUCUGUACAUUUUAUGUAAUUAUUACUUAUAUCGUCCUAAAUCUUUUAGUAGCUAUUAUCAUGGAAAAUUUUUCUUUAUUCUAUUCAAACGAAGAAGAUGCAUUACUUUCUUAUGCUGAUAUUAGAAAUUUUCAAAAUACUUGGAAUGUCGUAGAUAAUCAUCAGAAAGGUGUCAUACCAGUAAAAAGGGUAAAGUUUAUUUUACGAUUAUUGAAAGGAAGAUUAGAAACAGAUCCACAGAAAGAUCGUCUGUUAUUCAAAUACAUGUGUUACGAAUUAGAAAGACUUCACAAUGGAGAAGAUGUCACAUUUCAUGAUGUUAUUAACAUGUUAUCUUAUCGUUCUGUGGAUAUUAGAAAAGCACUUCAGUUAGAAGAAUUACUUGCAAGAGAAGAAUUUGAAUAUAUUAUUGAAGAAGAAGUUGCAAAACAAACAAUUAGAACUUGGUUAGAAGGAUGUCUAAAGAAGAUAAGAGCGGUAGGGAAACAACAAAAUAGUCUCAUCGCCGGCCUUCGUGCUACAAAUGAUGCCGCUAUAACUCCACAAGAAUACAUUGAAAUUAAAAGUAAAGAAACAACCAAAGAACGUGAAGAAGAAGACGAAGGAAAAGAAGUAGAUGGACUGCGUCACAGAUCAAAGAAACCUGUAGUAUUGCCAAGAUCGGAUAGUAUCGGAAGUGGAUCAGGUAGAAAAUAUCUUGUCCCAACAUUAUCAGAUCCUGCUUCUGUAAGAUCUGACAAGGAUAAAAUUCCUCCAUCCAAGAAAAGAAACAACAGACCACCACCAACAGUCAAAAAUAAUCUACCGCAUCUCACAGAAAAUACAGAACAAAAUAGGCAGCAGAGAGAACCUGUAAACACUAAAUUAAGUACUCCUAAAAUUUCUAGCGUUAUGCUUGAAGUCCGAGAAUGGUGGAAAGAACAGUUAGCUUACAGUAGCGAGUCCAGUGAUGAGGAUUAGAAGAUGUACAAAAAAGAUAUUAGAUAAACGUACGCACCCGUUCGUGCGUGCAUGUAUGUGUGCGCGUGCACACGUGCAUACAUACAUACGUACGUACAUAUAUACGGGCACGUAUGUGCGCAUACACACAAAACAAUAGAUUACAUAAAAUUGAAAAUGAAAUUAAUAUAAUAUACGUGCCUAACUAUUUCAAAUAAUCGUCCUAAUGGAGAUUUUGUACACCCAUACAUCUUUUCAAACAAUUGUUUGUCAAAUAUUGCAUUUAAAAUUAUAUAUUUUAAAAAAAGAUACGUAUGUAUAAUAGAUUUUAUAUUAAAUGAUUUUUUCUCUAUUGUAACGUACAGCAGAACUGAUAUCAGUAUCACGCGUAAUUUUACUAAUUAAUGUAUAAUUUUAUUUUUGAAUGUUUAAGGUUACUGCAUGCAAUAAUAUACACUAUUGUACUUCAUCUUUUUAUAGAACAUUUAUUUUAAUCUAUAAUCUCAUAUAUAUGUAUUUUUUCAAAUGCUUCACAUUUUUGCGUUUUUUAAAGUAGCAAUACUCUAUUUUUUUAAGAGACUAUGAAAUCACUGCCACAUCAGAUUUAUAAUUUAUUGAAGUAACACCAAUAGCUUUAUUUCAUUUUAUAUGACAAGUUUGAAAUGUAUAGUCAUUAAUAUUUUCUACUAUUCAAUAAUAUGUUUUACGAAUUUAUUUUGUUUACAAUAAUAAAAAGAAUUGUUCUUUUGUUUUAUGAUAAUUUUGUAAAUCGUAUCAUAAAAGUUGGAUACAUAUAACAAAAUACAAAACAGAUUUUAUACUACAAAUCAUCGAGUCAUAGUUAAAAUGUAUUUAAUAUUAAAGGAGGUAAUUAUGAGAAAAAAAGAGAGGGAGAGUACAAUACAGUACAUUUUUAUGAAUUAAAAAAAAAAUAAAAAUGAGAAUAAUUUUAUCUUUGUAGAAUAAACCACACUUAUUACAAAUUUUUAACAUUUUUCAUAAAAAAUGAUUAAGUUUUGUACAAUAGUAAUAUUAUUCGCAAUUAUAUUUCUCCAUAAAAACAUUACAAUAAUAAUAAAUUGUUAUGACAUCUGUCGCAAUAAUUGCGAUUGGCACAAAAUGUUCGUUAUAACAAUAGAUGUAAUGCAAAGUUUAAAGGAAUUUCUAUAGAAGCACAAUUUGAAUUGGAAUUAAAUUUUAAUUAAAAUUAAAUUUAUAUGUUAAGAUUAAAAAAUAAUAAUAUAGAGAAUUUAUUCAGAAUUACUGAAGAGUGCCAGUUCUUAUUUAAACUGUUAUAAAUGUAAAAUGAGAAUAAUAUAUGAUAAAUAAAUAAAUUCAUAAUAUAUAAAAUAGAUUGUAUAUAUAUGGACAAGAGUAAAUAAAAGCAAAAGUGACUACAGUAUAAGAAAAAAGAGAUUAUGAUAAUAAGAUAUGUAUGAGGAAAAAUACCUGAAUAUUAGUUAAAUAUAAUUAAAGUUCUAUGUAAUGCAACAAUUUAUAUAUAUAUAUAUAUAUGUAUGUAUGAUAUGUAUAUAUAUACACACACACAUAUAUACAUAUAUACAUAUAUAUAU